AUGGCUACCAAGAGACUCGUUGUCGCCGGUGGAAGUGGCUUUUUAGGGUCCAGAAUUUGUAAAGCAGCUGCAGCUCGAGGCUGGUCGGUCACUUCAUUGAGUCGAUCCGGCGAGCCACGAUGGGAGACCGUUACUGAUUCCUCAACGCGCCCAAGCUGGGCGAGCUCGGUUGAAUGGGCGAAGGCAGAUCUCCUAAAGCCUGGGAGCUACAAGUCAUUCUUAACUGGUGCUACUGCGGUCGUACACUCCAUGGGUAUUCUUCUGGAGGCCGAUUACAAAGGAGUGGUACAAGGGAGAGAACCAAUAGUUGGGGGACUGCAACGCGCAUUCAGUUCGUCUAAACUAGGAAGUCAAGACCUAAGUUCACGGAAAGAAGGCGAAGCUCUGGAACCGAAGGAAAGAGAUGGCCAAUUGACAUACGAGUUAAUGAACAGGGAUUCAGCCAUCGCACUGGCCCAAGAAUCCUCCCUCGAACAUGUUCCAGCCUUCGUGUACAUCUCCGCUGCGGCUGGCGCACCUGUCCUUCCAGCUCGAUACAUCACCACCAAGAGGGAAGCCGAAGAAACGAUUGCCUCGACCCUUCCAGAACUGCGCAGCAUUUUUAUUAGACCCGGCUUUAUGUUCGAUUCCAGUCGAAAGUUCACUCUGCCGAUCGCUCUAGGCGGGUUUGUCACAUCGGAGCUAAACACUUUUCUGGGAAAGAAGCUUGGUUUUCUCGGAGCUAUGGCCGAGAAGCCUCUAAAGGUCGAUACAGUAGGUGAAGCGGUGGUCGAGGCUUUGGAAGACGAGUCAACAAGAGGUGCGGUCGGAACAAAGCAAAUUGAAGCACUGGCCACCAAGGCCUGGAGGAAAGCGAUGCUUUAA